AGUGAACGUGGAACACUCAUCUUGGACAAGACUACUGGCAGCAUUCGUACAAUCAGGUGCACGUACGUGAACUGGCUUGAGAAUUCGACAUAAAUCUCUAUGAAUAAAUGAUGUCGAAUCUGCUAUGCUUCUCUAUUCUUAUAUUAGCAACUUUAUUUGUGCCUGUCUUACCAUCAUUCGCAAAUCUAGCAAAGAUGAUACUUGAUGUUCUAAAAGUCAAUCCUUUCAAGUACUAUGGCUAUGGAUGUUACUGCGGUCCGUUCACUGGACACAUAACUGAUCCCCCAGUCGAUGCGGUUGACGAGUGCUGUUUACUUCAUGAUCACUGCUACAGCGAUACAAAAAAGGAUUGCGGAUGGAAAAUCUGGCGAUAUGCCACGGACUACAGCUGGACUUUUGAUCAGAAAACCAAAAAAAUCGAAUGUACAUCAUGGAAAUGGAGAACAUGCGCUCGAGCACUGUGUGCAUGCGAUGUGAGACUUGUGAAAUGCCUCGCCUACAAAAGAUUAAUAAGAGGAAAGAAGAAAUGCACUAUUAACGAGUACGCUAAAAGAUGGAUGAAAGUUAAGGAUCUUCCACUUGAAGCUUGGUAUAACCAAUCUUUGUAUUAUUACUACAUGACUAGUGGUAAAUACCGGCGUCCAUAAUUUUGCCUCUGUCUCCUCUUAUACUUUUUCUUCUUCCUCCUUUAUUUCUAUUUCUUUCUUUACAUCACUACUUGUCACUAGAUUCCACGUGGUUGCCAUUAGGUGUGUAAUUGGCUACAAGAUAAACAUUGUCGGCAAA